AUGCUUCUACGGAAACGCACUGCUAUUCUCAUUCGAACGAAGGCACUAAUGAAGCGUCUGAGCAAAGAGAAUGUCAAGCAGCUGGGACGCCAUCUUGGUAAACUAUCACAUAGCAAUCCCGGUCUGCUAUUUGACUUUAUGCUGCACAAUAUACAGAUGUUCACCAAUCUCAUUACCCCAGUUGUUGAUUCGUUGAAGUAUGUGAGCAAUCUCGGUUAUGAUGUCCUUGCAUUUUGUCUUAUCGAGGCGCUAGCGUCGGACAAAAAUAAGACAGAUUCAUUGGAAAUGGGAAGCAAUUUACAUGCUCUUGCUACCUUCACUGGAGCGUUGUGUAAGAAAUACCAAUUUGAUUUGGCGGGUAUUCUCCAAUACGUUUUGAAUCAACUUAAAGCUGGGAGAAGUGAGGAUCUACUGAUUCUACAGGAGAUCAUCCACCAGAUGGCGGGUUUGGAUCCCUACGAAGAGAUGACCAACGAGCAGCUGGAAGCAGCUUCUGGUGGAGAGAUUCUCCUCCAAGAAGGCGGCUACUAUGCCCAAAUUCGAAAUGCGCGUCGCAAUGCUAGUCGAUUGAAAGAGGCCCUUAUCGAGAAUAAAGUCAUAAUGCCGCUAGUCUUUCUGAUGGCGCAACAGAGGGAUGCUAUUCUCUACCUAGACGAUCCAGAACGACAUGUGAAAACCGCUGGGCGUCUCUACGAUCAGUGUCAAGGAACGUUAGUUCAGUUCAUUACCUUUCUCAGUCUUCAACUCACGAGGGAAGAGAUGCAGGCGCAAUGUUUCUCCAUUGAUCAAAUGAUGAGUGAGUAUUCUGUCCCUGCGGACACGGCCUUCUGCCUAUUUCGAAGCCUCUUCCUCCAGAAAGUUGCACACUUGUUUGAGGCGUCGGUAGAGAAGUCAGACGACGACGACAAAGGUGUAUCGGCAAAUAAGGCUGCUUAUGUUAAGGCGGCACGCACUGUCAUUGCUGAUGUGGCUCGCUCCAUCGAGCCGCUCUAUCCGCCUCGCGUUUGGGAAGAAUUGGGUACGGCGUUCUUUGCCACCUUUUGGUGUCUUGAGUCGGGCGACCUCGUUUUUCCCAGCGCCGCCUACCAGAGGCAGCGUCACAUCUUGCGUAGUCAGCUCGAUGCGAUCGAGCAGAACUCUGACCUGAAUUCAGAUAAGAAGCGACGCGAGAAGGAACGUUGUCAGACGCUGAUAAAUCGUCUGUCGAAGGAGCAGGACGCACGUAGGGUGCACGUUGACCGCAUUCGCGCCUGGUUGUUGUCGGAGCGAGACACCUGGUUCCAAACAAUGUCGGCCACCAAGACAGACACAAUAACUCAGUUUCUGCAGUUUUGCGUCUAUCCACGUGUGUUCUACACCGCCAGCGAUGCUGUCUACGCUGCCCAAUUCAUCCAUGUGCUCCACCAGCUGAAGGCUGCACAAUUCUCCACCCUAAUUUGUCUCGAUAGGAUUUUCAACGAUAUAACGUUGCCAGUAAGCAUAUGCACGGAGAAGGAGGCGCAUCGCUACGGUCGAUUUCUCUGCAAGGUCUUCGAGUUUGUUAUGCGGUGGCACUCUUCAGAGGAAAUAUUCAACCAAGAAUGUGGUCAAUAUCCAGGCUUCGUAACUGUUUUUCGCAAGGGCACGAAUGCGAACACAAAGGCGGACCAAUUGCAAUUCGAGAACUACCGGCACGUAGUACAUAAAUGGCACUACCGAGUGACUAAGGCGGCAGUUGCGUGUCUGGAGUCGGGCAACUACGCGCAAAUUCGCAAUGCUCUCAUUGUGCUUACACGCAUCUUACCACACUACCCUAAAAUUGGUCAAUUCGGUAGUGCUGUGGAACGAAGGGUCAACAAACUCAAGGAGGAGGAGAAGGAUAGGCGACCGGACCUGAAGGCAAGCUCUUCUUCCUCUUACUUCCUUCUUGAGACAGUCGCGUCUUACGCGGGUGUACUACGCCCCUUGAAAGCCAACUGGGUUUCAGAAGAAGAGUUUCAUGAGGUGGAGCAGAAGCCUACAACGAAAGUUCAGUCGUCCUCUCAGCACAGCCAGCUGUCGACCCUCCCACAGGCCUGUAACUCAACAGCAACAGUGGAGGCAUCUACCACCACGCUAGCCAGCACGACAACCGUGAACAGCUCAAGCACUGCCCCUACCAGCACUCGUGUCUCGCCUCCCGUCGACCCUGCGCGCACUCAUACCAUUCCGUCAUCAGAAGUAGUGAAGCCAGCUGUUGUUGUGCCGACUAACACCAAGUCUGUUAGGAACACAAGUGUUUCGUCUCAGAAGCGUGUUACUUCCAACGCACCUGGUGACGGUGGAAACUCCAGCUCGAUGGAACACAUUUCUGGUGACGAUUUAUGCGACCCACAGCAGCAGCAACAGCAAAUGAAAGAGGAUUCACCGACUCCAAUAUCCUCAAAGGAGAUGCGUCGUCUUCAGCGUAAGCGAGCAGCCGCUGCAGCUCUCCUCAGUAAUCCGACAGGCAACGUCUCCGGGAGCGACGUCGACGGUCGCGGAAACAAGGACGUUGCCUAUCUGGAUCUCGAUGACUUGCAUACUGGCAGUGUCGCACCAUCGUCGAAGAAGUCCAGAAAGGGUAAAGCACCCCUCCAUGCCGCACCUCUCAAAGUUUCCACUCUUGAGACACUGGAUUUUCGUCGAAUAGGCGGGCCUCCUCGUCCUCCAGCAUCGAUUGAGAAGCAGCGAACUGAAGAAGAAGGGGUGGAUCACAGGCAUCGGCGCUCUCCUGCAUCAGGCGGUCACCGGCGUCAUCGGUCCACCCGGCGGGCGUCUGGAGGUACUUCACCUUCUACACCGCCCUCAGCCUCACUGCUGCGCCACUCACGAAAAUAG